CACAUAUUCGUUGUAUGCAGUAUACAUAAUUCAAUUGUAGGGCCGAUACAGAAACCCCAAGCGGUAUAAAUGCGGCGGGAGUUUUAAUUCUGGAGAUAUAUCUACUCGAUAUUUUGUGGCAUUGUUCGAGCUUUUUAUGUGAGUGGCACUCACAGCACGUGUCGGGGCUCAAAAAAAUUUUCAACAGAUAGUACAAUUGUUGGAGUAUAUAAAAUCCGCAAUUGUCCUAAGGAUUGUCCUCACCUCUUCCACAAUCAUCAAGAUGCUGAACAGUUUGAAGAUCUGGGACAUACUAAGGACAUCUUCUCUGGUGCUGUGCCUGAGCCAAUGUGUUGUAUCCAUAUAUCGUCCUGUCAGGAACCACACUGGUCUUCCUGAUGCCAAUACCAACAAAUUGCGAUUGAUUUAUUCGUGGAAAUCACUGGAAUUUGACUAUCCGAAUGCGAUCGCACGCCAGACGGCAGUGGAGAGAGGAGAAUUCACGCCUGGUGAUCCCGUUCCAAUCGAUGUAGAUGUGAUACAAGGUAGAUCUCCAAAGGUUCUGGUAACGAUUCCAAGGUUUCAAGACGGUGUUCCAGUCACUCUUGGCUAUGUCACGGACAAGGUAUCAGCUGAGGGCAAUCCCAUCAUUGCGCCAUACCCCAAUUGGGAAUGGAACAGACUGGGGAAUUGUAAUAAUAUAGUCAGCGUUUAUCGAAUCAAGGUUGACGAGUGCGGUAGACUCUGGGUUUUGGACAACGGAAAAUUGAAAGAAUCUCAGAUUUGUUCUCCCAAACUCCUUGUCUUCAACACCAGAACUGGCUACUUGAUUUCUCUCUACCGAUUCCCAGAUCAUCAGAUUUUGCCUGAUUCUCUGUUCAUAACGCCAGUAGUGGAUGUCCGAGAUGCCAACGAACAAUGUCUCAACACUUUUGUCUACAUAGCCGACGUCACUGGAUUCCAGCUGAUUGUCUACGAUCAUCAACGCCAAAGAUCCUGGAACAUUCAGAACGACCUGUUCCUUGUUGAUCCCGAUAAUACUACCUUCACCAUCGCUGGACAAAGUUUCGAGAUGCCCGACGGAUUGUUCGGUCUUGCAUUAAGUCCUAUUCUCCCAAACGGAGAUAGAAUCUUGUACUUCCAUUCUUUAGCUAGUAUCGUUGAGAGCUGGGUGUUGACUUCCGUUAUCAGGGACCCUUAUCCUUUCAAUUAUAAUCCACGGGCUAUGGCCAGGUUUUUCCACUCUUUUCGCAAGACCAGACCCUCUCAAUCUGGAGCUCAAGCCAUGGACAAGAACGGUGUACUAUUUUAUGGAUUGAUGUCGGAAAUUGCUCUUGGUUGCUGGAAUUGGCGGAACGAGUUCGGUGGAGACAAUUUGAGCAUCGCAGUCGUCAACAAAGAAACUCUUCAGUUCGUAUCAGGACUUAAGGUUAUGGGAAUGGGCCAACGUGGGCAGGAAGUCUGGGUGUUGACGAGUGCCUUCCAAAAGGUCAUGAAUGGGUUGAACCCUAACGAGACUAAUUUCCGAAUUCAAGCUGGUUUUGUCGAUGAACUUGUGCGUGGAACGAAGUGCCGCAGUAAAUAAAAAUCCAAUAUAGGUUUAGACCAUUGACAGCAGUAUAAAUAAUGGUCAAAUCAUUGCCAUUCUUCAUUGUUUGCUCAAACUCCCGGAAAUUUGUACAUCUGAUUAUUUCGGUACAAAUUCCCCCAAAUCGCAUUGAGCAAGUUUCCAAAAUAAUAAAAUUCCUCCAUUCCGGGACUUUCCCAACUAUUCCACAAAAAUUCCAAUACAGAAUACGAUUGCAGCAACCAUCUGCAAAAAUCCGCAAAGCAAUCUCCAUACGGGGCAAUGCGAUAGUUUUCCCGUAACGAGCAUCGAUGCUCGUGAAUCUCGUGCGUGAGCCAACAAAAAUAUUUACAUCUACAAAUAUAGAGCCUCAGCCAUCGAUUUCGCAAGCAAAACAAAACCUCCAGGGCUGCCUAAGAUUGAUAAAUCGUGCAACUGCAUUUUCUUUGUCUCCUCUAUUUCAAUAAUAAAAAACAACUGAACAAAUAAAAUAAAUCGUAACUAAGA